CUUCUAGUUGAGAGAAACCCAAUAAGGGAUAAACGAAAAAAAAUGUGUCCCAUUGGUGCUGAAAAUUUAGACAAGCCUCAUGCAGUUUGCAUACCAUAUCCUGCCCAAGGCCACAUUAGCCCAAUGUUAAAGUUGGCCAAAAUCCUGCAUCACAAGGGCUUUCAUAUCACCUUUGUCAACACUGAACACAACCAUAGGCGUCUCCUUAAGUCUCGAGGUCCCGAUGCCCUCAAGGGCUUGCCAUCUUUUCGAUUCGAGACCAUUCCUGAUGGCCUCCCACCAUGUGACCCUGAUGCCACCCAAGACAUUCCUUCUCUAUGUAAAUCCACUACCACUACUUGUUUAGGUCCGUUCAAAGAGUUGCUUACAGAGCUCAAUAAUACUUCUUCAUCUAAUGUGUCACCUGUCUCGUGCAUCAUUUCCGAUGGUUCAAUGAGCUUCACUCUGGCUGCUGCUCAAGAUUUGGGCAUCCCUGAAGUUUUCUUUUGGACCCCAAGUGCUUGUGGGUUAUUAGCUUAUAUGCAUUACCGCGACCUUGUUGAGAAAGGAUAUACUCCACUUAAAGAUGAAAGUUACUUGACAAAUGGGUAUCUGGAGACAACUUUGAAUUGGGUACAGGGCAUGGAAGGAAUACGUUUGAGGGAUCUUCCAAGUUUCAUUAGAACUGCAAAUCCAGAAGAAUACAUGAUCAAAUACGCCAUCCAAGAAACUGGGAGAAGCAAACUGGCUUCAGCGAUUGUUGUCAAUACAUUUGAGUCAUUAGAGAGGGAAGUUCUUGAAUCACUUCAAACACUUCUUCCUCCGAUCUACACCAUUGGGCCCUUGCACCUUCUUAUGGAACACGUCGAUGACAAGAAUUUGGAGGACUUAGGAUCAAAUCUUUGGAAAGAAGAUAUGGCGUGUCUGGACUGGCUUGAUUCCAAGAAACCAAAUUCUGUCGUUUAUGUCAAUUUUGGGAGUAUCACUGUCAUGACUCCGGUUCAACUUAUCGAAUUCGCCUGGGGACUUGCUGAUAGCCAGAUGGAAUUUUUGUGGAUCAUAAGGCCGGAUAUUGUGUCAGGGGAACAAGCAAUUCUUCCACCCGAGUUCGUAGAAGAAACUAAAGAAAGAGGGAUGUUAACAAGUUGGUGCCCGCAAGAACAAGUCCUUAGCCACCCCGCAAUUGGAGGGUUCUUGACUCACAGUGGAUGGAGUUCGACACUCGAAAGCAUUGGCAGUGGGGUGCCAAUGAUUUGUUGGCCAUUCUUCGCAGAACAGCAGACAAAUUGUUGGUUUUGUUGCAGGCGAUGGGGAAUUGGAAUGGAAAUAGACAAUAAUGUGAAAAGGGACGAAGUUGAAAGUCUUGUGAGAGAGUUGAUGGUCGGCGAGAAAGGCAAAGAGAUGAAGAAAAAGGCCAUGGAAUGGAAGAAAUUGGCUGAAGAAGCUGCUGAAAAAUCAACAGGAUCAUCUUAUGUGAAUAUGGAUAAAAUGAUAAACGAAAUUCUACUCAAACAUUAGGUGGUUAAUCUUGAUCAUAUUUUUAAUUUGCUGUUUUGAGUUCUUGUUAGAUCCUUCUAGUUAUUGUUUCCCUCUUUUGUUAUAUUGUAAUAUGAUCUAAUGGUAAAAGAAAAAUA